AUGUUGUUGAAGGAAGCUCUUGCUAAGAAACAAGGGCAACAAGAACACUUGAUUGAAUUGAAUAAAGAUGAAGAGGAGGAAGAUCGGUUGCAAGAAAUUGUGUCAAUUAAAAGUGGGAAAAUAUCUAUAAGUUCAAGUGGGGCUUCCUCUGCUGCUCCUAAAAAGCCAAAUGUUAAAGGCCCCUUGGAUUUACAUUUUAUGAGAGAUCCGGAGACAAGCUUGAAUUUGACAAAAGCUAAGAAGCAAACAAGCAUGAUUGAUGCAUGUAAUAAAAAAGCUAGAGCAAGGACAAUCCAAUAUAUUGCUAGAUUCUUUAUUCGGAAUAGCAUUCCAUUCAAUGUUGUGCGAUCAAAGAGCUUCAAGUUGAUGCUUGAGGUUGUUGGAAACUAUGGCCCUCACUUGAGAGCUCCAAGCUACCAUGAGAUGAGAGUUCCCCUCCUCAAAAAAGAGUUGGAAUACACCCAAAACUUGAUGAAGCAAAAUGUGGUAGAGAGGGCAAAGUAUGGUUGCUCGAUUAUGUCCGAUGCUUGGACGGAUAGGAAGCAAAGGACUUUGAUAAAUUUUCUAGUGAAUAGCCCAGCUGGAUCUAUGUUUGUCAGGAGUGUUGAUGGAUCUUCAUACAUGAAGACUGGAGAAAAGUUAUUCACUCUUUUGGACAGCCUUGUUGAGGAGAUUGGUGAGAAGAAUGUUGUGCAAGUGGUGACUGACAACGGAAGCAAUUAUGUAUUGGCCGAAGAAAUUGGCAAGCUUAAAAGAGUUCAAAAGACCAUCAAAAGGGGUAUAAGUCUUGUUGAUUUUUUCUAUAAUCACACUUUGGCAUUGAACAUCAUGAGAAAGUACACCAACAAAUCAGAAUUGGUUAGACAUGGAGUUACAAGAUUUGCCACCACAUUUCUCACUUUGCGAAGGUUGUACACUCAAAGAAACAACCUUAGAAAGAUGUUCACUUCCGAUGAUUGGACAAAGACUACCUUGGCUAAAGUCACUAAGGGGAAAGGGGCAGCAAAUGUGGUUCUCAUGAACACAUUUUGGAAUGACGUUGCUUAUUGUCUUAGGUCUAUGGGGCCAUUGGUGCAUGUCCUAAGGCUUGUUGAUAAUGAAAGGAAGCUGGCAAUGGGUCACAUAUAUGAAGCUAUGGAUAGGGCUAAGGAGGCUAUUAAAAGUGGUUUUAAAGGAAAUGAAAGCAAGUACAAGGCGAUUUGGGCAAUAAUUGACAAAAGGUGUUAA